GCUAGGGUAUGGCCCCCGGCCCCGGCCCGGGACCCGAGGUCCCGCACUCCGGCCAGUGAAAGGCGUUUUCCCGUUCCCGCCCUCCUCCCCCCGCCGGCCAGCACCAUGGGAUGUAAUAUGUGCGUGGUUCAGAAACCGGAGGAGCAGUACAAAGUGAUGCUUCAGGUGAACGGGAAGGAGCUCUCCAAGCUGUCUCAGGAGCAAACCCUGGAGGCCCUGCGCUCCUCCAAGGAGCCCCUAGUGAUCCAGGUGCUGAGACGCAGCCCCCGCCUCCGGGGGGACAGCUCGUGCCAUGACCUGCAGCUGGUGGACAGUGGCACUCAGACCGACAUCACCUUUGAGCAUAUCAUGGCGCUGGGCAAGCUGCGCCCGCCCACCCCGCCCAUGGUCAUCCUGGAGCCGUACGUCCUGUCUGAGCUCCCCCCCAUCAGCCAUGAGUAUUAUGACCCAGCGGAGUUCAUGGAGGGCGGCCCACAGGAGGCAGACCGUAUGGACGAGCUGGAGUAUGAGGAGGUGGAGCUGUAUAAGACCAGCCACCGAGACAAGCUAGGCCUGAUGGUUUGCUACCGCACGGACGAUGAGGAGGACCUGGGCAUCUAUGUUGGAGAGGUGAAUCCCAACAGCAUUGCAGCCAAAGACGGCCGGAUCCGCGAGGGCGACCGGAUCAUCCAGAUAAAUGGCGUGGACGUCCAGAACCGGGAAGAGGCGGUGGCCAUUCUGAGCCAGGAGGAGAACACCAACAUCUCGCUGCUGGUGGCCCGGCCUGAGAGCCAGCUGGCAAAGCGGUGGAAGGACAGUGACCGGGAUGACUUUCUGGAUGACUUUGGCUCUGAGCAUGAGGGGGAGCUGCGCGCACGGAAGCUGAAACCCCCCGCUGCCCAGCAGCUUGGCAACGAAGAGGAGAAGGGGGUCCCCGAUGUGGGCACGGGCCUGAGCAACAGCCAGGAGCUGGACAGUGGGGUGGGCCGCACCGACGAGAGCACCCGCACCGAGGAGAGCUCCGAGCACGACCUGCUGGGCGACGAGCCCGCCAGCGCCGCCGACACCCCCGGGGCCCUGCGCAAGAGCCGCGACCUGCACUUCAGCAUGGACUCCCUGCUGGCCGAGGGGGCGGCGCUGGGCGGGGGCGACCUCCCGGGCCUCACGGAGGAGGAGUACGAGCGCUACCGCGAGCUGCUGGAGAUCAAGGGCCACCUGGAGAACGGCAACCAGCUGGGCCUCCUCUUCCCCAGGGCGUCUGGCGGCGGCAACGGCGCCCUGGAUGUGAACCGCAACGAGAGCUUGGGCCACGAGAUGGCCAUGCUGGAGGAGGAGCUGCGACACCUGGAGUUCAAGUGCCGCAACAUCCUGCGGGCGCAGAAGAUGCAGCAGCUGCGCGAGCGCUGCAUGAAGGCCUGGCUGCUGGAGGAGGAGGGUCUCUACGACCUGGGGGCCGGCGAGCCCAAGAAGCACGAGCUGUCGGACAUCUCCGAGCUGCCAGAGAAGUCGGACAAGGACAGCACCAGCGCCUACAACACCGGGGAGAGCUGCCGCAGCACCCCGCUGCUCGCAGAGCCCCUGCCGGAGAGCCCCCUGCGGCGGGCCGCCGCCGCCGCCGCCGCCGCCGCCGCCGGCAACUCCAACUUGAACCGGACCCCUCCCGGCCCCGCCGGCCCCACCCACCCCAAGGCAGCCCCUCCGCAGGGGAGCCCCGCCAAGUUCCGAUCUCUCUCCCGGGAUCCCGAGCUGGGCCGGAGACCGCACUCGGAGGAGCGAGUCCGCCGGAGCCCCAAGCCGGGCGUGACCCUGGAGCGCGUGGGCCCCGAAGGCAGCCCUUACCUCUCGCGGCGCCACCGCGGCCAGGGCCAAGAGAGCGAGCACUACCACAGCUGUGUGCAGCUGGCCCCGCCGCGCGGCCUGGAAGAGCUGGGCCACGGGCCCCUCACUCUGGCCGGCGGCCCCCGGGUGGGCGGGGCAGCGGCGGCCACCGAAGCCCCCCGCAUGGAGUGGAAGGUCAAGGUGCGCAGCGAUGGGACCCGCUAUGUGGCCAAGCGGCCGGUGCGCGAUCGCCUCCUCAAAGCCCGGGCCCUGAAGAUCCGGGAGGAGCGCAGCGGCAUGACCACCGACGACGAUGCGGUGAGCGAGAUGAAGAUGGGCCGCUACUGGAGCAAGGAGGAGCGGAAGCAGCACCUGAUCCGGGCCCGGGAGCAGCGGAAGCGGCGCGAGUUCAUGAUGCAGAGCCGGCUGGAGUGCCUGCGGGAGCAGCAGAACGGCGACAGCAAGGCCGAGCUCAACAUCAUUGCCUUGAGCCACCGCAAAACCAUGAAGAAGCGGAACAAGAAGAUCCUGGACAACUGGAUCACCAUCCAGGAGAUGCUGGCCCACGGCACUCGCUCCGCCGACGGCAAGCGGGUCUACAACCCUCUGCUCUCCGUCACCACUGUCUGAGCCCCGCUGUGCUCCGGGGCAGGCCUUCUGCCCCCCUCCCCCCCCAGGUCCAGGGAGCCUCCCAAGACCCUGUCCCCUGCUCUCCCUUAGAAUCUAGUGUGUGUCUGUGUGUACGCACGGCGUGUGUGCACCUGUCUUUGUGUGUGUGCACAGGACCUUGUUGCCAGAGAGAAGCCCCCGAGGAGAAGGGAUGCCUCUCUCCACCGGCUACUUCCUGCUCUCCAAGCACAGCGGCCACGUCGCCAGCUGGCACGGGGGACACCCUUUCCGCUGUGUGCCGGCCACGCGUGCCUAACGCGAGCGCAGGCACACGCACGCGCACACGCAGUCCCCUCUCCGGAGCUCUCGGCGUGGGUACUUGGGGACGGGAAAGGACUGAAAAGGAGAGACGAAGAGGACUGUCCUAAGCACAAGAGAAUGCCUGGCUGUGAAGCUGAGCUCGGCCUCGCCCCCUGCCGGGAGACUUGGUGAUUUGUAGACAAAGGCACCCCUGAGUUUUGUGGUUUUUCUCCCUUUCUGUGCUUGCCGGUGGUUGUUUUUCUGUUUUGUGGACUUGCCCUGGGGGCUGGCGGCUCCUUCAGGCGGCCUGACAAAGCGGAACCCCCAGCGAUGGCUGGGAAGGAGGUGGGUGGGGGGGGAAGGAAGAGAGGGAGGGCUGG